AUGCAUUGUCACCGUAAUGUCUAAACCAGGCUCAUCAGCCCCUAUAUAUAUCUUAUUGCUGCACAUACUAGUAAUUCUAUCAAUGCUUUGAAGUGUUCCUGAAUUAGCAGCAUUCAAAGAGCCCUCAACAAUCGUAUAUUGGUAUCAUAUAUUUAGAACUUUGGUAUUUUUAGUUUUUGUCUGCUAUAUAAACACAAGCUAUAGAAACCCAGGCUUUGUUCAUGAAAUUAAAAUUUUUUCCGACUCAAUCCCUGCUCAUCCUACUGAAAAUAUCUCAAUUGAAAUAUCAUCAAGUCAUAGGUCACAGGCAUCUAUAGGAUUUGCCAAGCUAAAAGACUCUAAUUAUGAUGCAACUCCAACAAAAUUCAGCCAUCAGCGCUAUAUCAGCACUGACCACGAUGGCUCAAUUUAAUUUGAUCGGAACUUUUUGAUAGUGUGGCAUUUGCUUGGGUAUUUUAGUAAGAAUUUUUCGCUUGUAAUAAAUUUGAUUAAACUCCAAGUUCUCAUCAAAUGACUGGUUACUGACCAUGAUGAUCCUGAAUCUAUCAUUCAAGGAAAAGCAGGUAGCCAAGUAGAAAAAGAGCUAGAAGAUGAAAAUUCAGGCCCAAUGCAAAUAGAUGUAUUAGGAAACAAGCCUAUUAUAGAUGAAUUAGAAGAAGAGGACUAUUCUUCUCGAUCGCCGACUUCUGCAACACCAGGGGAACAAAAAAUCCAAAAAUUUGAUGAUGUCAUUGUAACUGAGACGAGAUUUUGCACCAUUUGUACACUGGAGCAGCCAAUGAGAGCUAAACAUUGUAGGGAUUGUGGAAAAUGUGUAGCUCUUCACGAUCAUCACUGUCCGUGGCUGGGGAUUUGUAUUGGAGAAAGAAAUAGAAGGCAAUUUUGAAUGUAUUUAUUGAUUGAGUCUGGGCUGAUAUGGUGGUCUGGGUUUUGGCUGUUUAGAAGCUUUGAUAUGAGGGGUGGCAUAGUUGAAUGGAUGGAAAUUAAUUGGCUGAGACUAUUUGCGUCAAUAUUUAUUGUAUUUUUUGCUGUUAUGGUGACUUGUCUGCUUUUAUUUCAUACGUAUUUAGCGAUGACAAACCAAACAACAUGGGAAAAUAUUUCUUGGGAGAAAAUAAUAUCUAUUUAAGUAAUCUUAUAUAUUUAUCAAAGAUUUUUUGCUUGUUUUCUGUCGAAAAUAUGCACUUUAAGCAUUUAUGCAAUGCUCAAGUAUAACUAAUAGGUUUAUCAUACUUGAAAAAGUGACCAAAAGAAUUCGGAAGCCCAUUCAGCAAAGGAAUUUUAUGAAAUUUAUAUUUUUAUUGCUGUAGGCCACUUCCUAAAAAUUACACAAGCUGAAUCAUGCCCCUUAGGCUUCCUGAAAAAAAGCCGAAAAAAUGUUUGUGCCUUGUUUAA